GGAUCGGGUCCCGAAUAUGGAAACCUUGUUGCUUCUUAAAGUCGGUUGUCGACUCCAGCACUUACUGAUUCACCGUCUGUUGAGGGAAACAAACCACCCUCAAACCUGCCACUUUCCUCACAUUCUCACUCUACGAAACUGGGACAACAAGGAUUGCAGCGUUUCUCGAGCUGAGCAGGACCCGUAGCGACGACAACAGUAGCGACAUGACCACCAAUCCCAGCCAACAACCACUCAUUACAGCCUCAGAGAUAUCCAAGCACCAGAGCCCCGACGACCUCUGGAUGGUGAUUGACGGCUUAGUGUACGACUUGACUGCCUUCGCACCCACACACCCCGGAGGACCUGGGGUGCUCCUCCAGCACGCAGGCCGGGACGGUACCGCUGCGUACUCGGAGGUCCACGCGCCCUCACUGAUAAAGACAGCACUGCCCGAGAGUAGUCUCGUUGGGAGACUUGACGAGGCUUCUGUGACGGACGACUGGACCACCAGGACACCCUCCCUAGCAACACCAGCUACACCAGCAACCACAAUGCCAGACUCAUCCUCCUCAUCCUCCUUCUCCGUCUCCAGCUCCAGCACAUCGGCCCAGGCUCCCCCGUCCGCACCAACCACCAAACCCCCUCUCGCCUCCCUCAUCAACACGCACGACUUUGCCCACGCCGCCCAGGCCUCCUUCACCCCAAAGGCCUGGGCGUUCGUGUCCUCCGCGGCGACGGACUGCCUGACCCACGCGCGCAACGCGUCGUGCUACGCCGGCAUCACCCUGCGCCCGCGCGUGCUGCGCGACGUGUCCCGCCCCAACACCGGCACCACGAUGCUCGGGCACGAGGUCGCGAGCCCGCUGUUCUGCGCGCCCACGAGCAUGGGCCGGAUGAUCCACCCGCAGGGCGAGCGGGAGAUUGCCAGGGGCUGCAGGAGGGCCGGGGUGCCGCAGUGCGUGAGCACGAGUUGCUCGUUCCCGUUUGGCGAGGUUGCGGAUGCUCAUGAGGAGGAGAUGUUGAUGAUGAUGGAAGAUGCCGGUGGCGGCGGUGGCAGCGGGAGGCAGGUGUCGAUACCUCGAGUCCCCGUCUUCUUCCAGCUGUACAUGGACAAGGACCGCUCCAAGUCGGAGAAGCUGCUGCGCGAGGUGGUGGCCCGGGGCGCCAGGGGGAUAUUCCUGACCGUCGACGCCCCCGUCAUCGGCAAGCGCGAGGCCGACGAGCGGGUGCAGAACGACGCGCACCUGCGCAUGCCCAUGACGGGGAUCAAGCCCAAGGCCCUGGACAAGAAGGGCGGCGGCGUGGGCAGGCUGAUGGGCGGGUUCAUCGACGCGAGCAUGACCUGGGAUGCGGUCCCCUGGAUCCGGAGCAUCGUCGGGGACGACGUGGCGAUUGCGGUCAAGGGGGUGCAGACAGCCGCCGACGCGGUCCGGGCCAUGGAAGCCGGGUGUGAUGCUGUCUACAUUAGUAACCACGGCGGGAGGAGCCUGGACACGAGCCCCGCCACGGUACUGGUGCUCCUGGAGCUGCAGCGGUGCUGCCCACAGGUGUUUGACCGGAUGGAGGUCUUCGUGGACGGCGGCAUCUGGCGCGGCACCGAUGUGUUCAAGGCGCUGUGCCUCGGAGCCAAGGCGGUAGGCAUCGGGAGAGGGUUCCUGUACGGGCUGAACUACGGCCAGGAAGGGAUCGAGAAGUUUGUGAGCAUCCUCAACGACGAACUACAGACGACGAUGCAGAUGUGCGGCAUCACCAGGGUCGAUCAGUGUCAUCCUGGCCUGCUGCACACGGGCGCAAUCGACCACCUCGUUCCCCAAGGCGAAGAACACCCCUACGCAAAAUGGUCGCCAAAGUCGCGGUUGUGAGGUGAACAUUGAGCAAAAGGCAAAGUCACGUUUGAGGAGUGCUUCGACAUGAGCAUGAGACUAUACAUGCUGUCGCCGUGAAUCGUCAGAUAUGGCCUACACAUAUGGUUGAAUGGCAGUCUUUCUGUCAGGAGAUUACGAGCCAUCGUAGCUCACAUAGGAGCUCUUCCUCUGCCUCGGCGUUUCGAACAUUGUGUUUCAGGCCAAUUAGAAUAAUGGGGUCACAAACGAAGAACAAUGGUCCGAUAUAAUUGUACACAACCUAUGGCCGGCUCAUUGAAAAUCGUCUUUGGCGCGGUCCACUGACAAGUUGUUAUUUUCACUCACCAAGUAAUGCGCCUUACGUAGACCACAAUCAGUACACAGUUGUUCCUACAAUACCCAGCGGUUGUCGUCAGUCUACAUGUGCAGGAUGUAACAAAGGCAAUCUGGCACCUGCAAGACUUCCCGAG